ACCACUUUUACACCAGCCUUACGUGCAAUUGAGUGAUCAUUCCCUAUACCCGGGUAUCAUGAGCUCAUGACAAACAUACUUCAUAUUCCUAUUUGCCUUCCAUCAUGUCGAGCCAAUAUGACCUACCACUGUCCGACGCGUGUCACCACCACUCAACGCGUUCCGGUAUUCUUACUCCAGCUUCAGAUCACUCGCUCAACAUGAGUGAUGCCCCGUGUCUGCCCAGUUCCUCGGGUGCCAAGAAGAGGAAGCGCGAUGGCAGUACCAUGGAAGAUUUGUUAAGAGAUACAUUUGUAGUAAAGGUCAGCAAUUGUCUAUCUCCUUGCCUGGCGCAAAGCAAAGUAUGGUAGCUCACAACCACCAGCCAUAUCCCACCACGGUAUACGUAAAGCCGCGAACUCUCCAACCCCUCAUGUUACUACCUCGGUCCUGUCUACCUCUCGCAUAUCUUGACUUUACUCCUUCAGCAAGCGCUCUUCCUCAAUCCAGACUGUUCGAAACGCAUGUGAAAUUGUUAGAAUUGGAGGAGCGGAUGGGUAAUGAGCCAAUGGUAUUGAUCGCGCGACUUGACGAUGGGAGAACUUUAUAUGCGGUAGAGAGAGAAGACCGGGGAUUAUAUGUUUUAUGUCGACUCGGAUCAUGGAUUAACUUACAUCAAUUAAGGACGGCUUCGGUCGCAUCAUGGCAAGAAGUGCCAAGGGGACCAGAGAAGGGAUUUGGAAUUGGUUUAGUCCCGACUCAACACAACGCAGCUCCCAUAACCACUUCGGAAACACGCAAAUAUGAUAAAGAGAAGAGAUUAGCAAUAGAGGCACUUCAGUCCAUGGUGAAACGACCAUCCACCGCCAUGUCGAGCGACUUCCAGCCAGCCAAUGAGGGCUCACAACCUCUGGAAGCUCAAAAUACAGAGUCACAGCUAUUGAAUGCGCCCGUGGAUGUCCCGGUUGUAGAAAAACCACAUGUUCAACUUACAUCCACAGAAAUUCUUGAUAAUGUCCGGACGCAGUACCUGGAAGCACUUUAUCUUUCCAAGGUAUGUUGUUGCCAUCCAACUUCACGUACAAUGCUAAUGCUGUACAGGCGUCCCUGGCUUAUUUUGCCAAAGGCCCUUUAUCUCGAGCCCGGGCGGCUUUUCACCUGGAUUACGACUCUAACCUUGAAAUGAGCGACCUUGUUACAUUUUUAGAGGGCCUUGUUUUGUCAACCACACAAGUUGACAAGAAAUACCGUGACGGAGUACCAACAUGCGUUUCUAUGAUAGACAUCGAAGAUAGUGCCAAUGAGAACCCCAAAGCGAAAAAGAGAAAGAGCUCGAAAAACAUUAAGCCGGGGAAAAACGGGCUUUAUCCAUCUGAGGAGAAUUUGAUUCGCCAAUGGUGGGCAAGCCACGAUGAUGACGCGGACACGGGAGGUCCUGCCAAUUCAAGAGACGAAAUCACCAAGAGCCGGAUAUCUCAACUUCGUAUUAGAGAAACACAACUCCAGUUAAUUAUUAUUUUGGAAGUGCUUGCACUUCAGCCUCUAGUAGUCAAGCCAGAGGAAGACGAUGGCUUACCCUCGACCCUUCCUCAAUCUGAGACGCCACAGGCAAAAGAGAAGUCAAGUAAAAAGAGGAAGUCUGAUUUCCUGUCAGUGCUACUUGAUGUGCAUAUUGAUCGAUUGUGCAUUUGGCAAUCGAUUCAGCUCGAAAUUGGCGGAGCCGCACCCUCUAGGGAUAGUCAAACACAUGAGACUGUUGGUGCAACCGAUGGACCAAGACACACCGAUAAUAUUCUCCGUGAUUUCUGUGUCGAAAUAAUCGCCCCUUUGUAGGUUUGUCAUGAUUCAAACCGCUGUGCUGGUCUAACCUCUACAGUUUUUCGGCUCGUCUCCCGGAGCGAUGUGCUAUCAUCAAUCGAAAACUGGGAGGUCCCGUGGCCAUGUCUCCACCAAAACCAAGAGUAUCGAAAUCAGCCAGUUUCUCUGGGGCUCCAGCCCGGCCAGGUGCCGCGACAAAGCGGCCAGUGCCAGUGAAACCACGUAAAAGCUUGCAGCGUAUUUUGACAGACGAAAGAGAAAGGAGAAGCAUAUCCCGAGGUCCUGAAAGGGGCAUCUCAUUGUUGCGAUCUGCAUCCAUUCCGGGAUUUAAGCGAGAGAACAGUGAAGCCCCAUCGUUGUCGGGAAUUCCAUUCGCGGAUUCCCAAGGAAUUAUUAAAUCGAAGCAACUCGCUCGCAGGGAGGUGGACUUGGGAAGUCUUGUUUCUUCGAAAACGACGAAAGAGAGUAAACAGGCAAAGAUAGAUGCAGAACUCAAGGACGCUAUAUCGGCAUUGAAGAAGCCUAACCGGGAACUUACUGCAAAGUCUAUGGUUGAGACUGCCGAAAGGCGGUCAACGUCCUCUGUUCAUCCACGAAGUAAGUUCUUUUUCCGGCUUAAUCUUGACUUAUUGCUAAUGGAAGUUGUAGAAUCCAAGAAGCCCGUAAGAAACCCCCUCUUCCAGGGUGUUCAGAUUUCCGCAACACCAAAAACGAAUCGAUCCAGAGAUGUCUUCUCCAAGCGCCAGCAGCAGCAAUCUCACCAAAAGACACGCGAAAAAGAGUUGGAUACUGUUCCGGCAUCAAGCGCCCUACGAAUACCACAGUCGAGUGUCCUAAAAGCUUCACCGAGGAACCCACGGUUCUCCUCCAUCCAAGCAACGCCAACCCGCAAGAGCUUGUCAAGACCAUCUAGUAUGAUGGAUCUCGGCCGUGACAGAGAACCAGUACUUCCUCCUUUAUCGCCGUGUCAUAUACGACGUUCGAGUGCUCAACUCUUCGCGGCCAUUCCUGAUUCAGCUGUGAAAGCAGCCCCUGCUUCUUGGGCCGCGCAUGGUGGUGUUCAGGAAACACCAGUGAAGAACAGGUCGGUUUCGACCAAUUUUGACCAUGGACAUCCAGCAUCUUCCCCAAAGUUUGACCAGGAAAAUAGCAGGAAGGUGGGAGUGGAGGAGAUUAUUCAAAUGGUGGAAAGUAGUACGAUGAAGACCCUACAGCAACAAAGUGACUCGAUAUAUAAAUCACUGGGAUGGGAUGACGAUGAUAUUGAUGACCUAGUAUGAUGAUACCUACGAAAGCGAUGAUAUUUGUAAUGGGAAUGGGUAGGGUUGGAUAGAUAUACAGGAUCGAGACGGUGUUCUCGCGGGAUGGGAAUAGUGGUAUGAGUUGGGGGGAUUGGCCUUUGGAUUUUGGCGAAGCAUAGCGGUGGCGCAUUCUGGAUAUUGCGAAGGCUUUUUCGCUCUUAGUUAUAUAAUUUGUUGGUUGGGUAGAAGAGAAUCAGUUGAGAUGAUGUAAUUUAAUGAAGAUUUGCGAGAUCUUGUCUUUUGUUAUGGGGUCGUGGUUGCUGUAAGAUGUGGUUAAUACUCUGUAUGUACCACCUGGAUUAGAACAAGAUUUCCCUAAAAGCCAUACUCG